AAAUAAUAAACUACGGAAAAUAAUCGAAGUCUCGUUUUAAACAACAUAGUUGUGUUUAAUGUUGAAAAUCCUUAUCACAGGAGAAAAAACCGAAUGAUCCAGGAGUGGGCGACAUAAAACGUUACCUGGACAGUUUAAGAGAGAACUUAUCACAAGCCAUGGAAGAUGUUCCGCUGGGGAGCCCAUCACCUCGCUCCGAUGAUGGAGACGGUUGUAUGUGUUCCUUCUUGAAGAAUCCAUCGGAAGUGUCUGAGUAUAUACGGACACACUUCCCAGAAUGUAAACGCAAGGAGGACGACCGACCAGCCAACGUUGUGCACCAACUUGACAUAAAAAUAGUACGAAUGUCCGGCAGACAUCUCAGCAACUUCACUAUAGACAAGACUAAGAGAAUGAACAUCCUUAGCAAUGAUGAAGCCGGAGUUAGCACUGAGAUGAACAAUACACCGAAAGUCAUAAAAAAUAUAUCAUAUCAGUCAAAAGUUAAUGAUACUGUUAACCAAAGUAAUGACAAUCAAUUGAUUGACCAAUCGUCAAUUAAUGAUUAUAAGAUGGGGAGGUUCGCAUACUCCGUACUGCGAAACUUCUUCACCGAACUCCGUUUAAAUUUUCAAACAGUGCGCAAUUUCAUUCAAACAAAUGUCAAGGAUUACGAUGAAAACAUGUCAGGAGAGGCGAGGGAAUACCUGCUAUACAGAACUGAAAUGACACACACACACAUCUCUGACAUCAUAAGGAAAUUGAAAAAUAUAAUAAAGAGAGAGUCGUCUGGAAGCAGUGAGCUUAAGAUGCUUCUGAUAAGGAUUGGCGGCCCUGACAAGAACACAGCUCGAUACAGGUGGAUGGUGAGCAAGUGUCUUCAGCAAGCGACCGUCCUCGAGCAGUCGCUGAGACUGAUGCUAACUUUCAUCUACAAUGAAGAUAAGUCAGUCAGCAAGGAAAAUAUACCACCGAUUGUUAAUAUAUAUGAAUAGGUUAUAUAUAUAUAUUUUUAUUUCACGAACACACUUUUUGUCUUGCUAUAUAAGAUUUACAUAGUUCGGAUUGAAUUAAAAUAAGCAAAUCAUUAGGAAUUCGUAUUGGAAUCCUUAAUAUUAGUUUUCAUAUUAUUUUUGAACGUAAAUUUUUCUCGUGAAGAGAUUAUAUAUAUUCUUGUUUUUUGAUUUAUAUUUCCAACACUAGUGAUCAGGAAUUUUAUUUUUUGUUACUUGACAUAACUGUAAAAAUCAUAUUUAUAUUUCGUUAUAACUCUCAAGUUAAUGUUUUUUUGUUAAAUAUAAUAAAUAAAAUAAAUAAGUGAA